AUGAGCCAGGAGAGGGUCCGGCCACAGGGGGUCGAGGCUAUGACACCUCUGGAUCUUUCGCGGGCUGCUGGGUGGGCCAGCGACGAGGGCGCUGAGGCCAGCAACCGAACAGAGGAGAGCCAGGUCGUGGUCAAGCAUUCGGUGCCAGGAAGCCGCAUCGUGGAGCGGGCACCGCUCUUUGACCAGGCAAACUUGCAGGAGGUUCGACGUCUGACGGCGGCUGUCUCCAAGCUGGAGGGGAAUCUGCUCAAGCAGGAAGGGGCCCUGGCAGAAGAGCGAGCCCGGCACCAUGAGGAAAUGCAGAAGCAGCAGACAGAUGCAGUCGAGGAGAAGAAAAAGCUUCGCCGGGAGACCGCCAAGAAGGUUGCAGAACUUCAGGCGCGCGGUACAGAGCUUGCAGAGGAGGUCCAAGAGGCGACCAACAAGGCCAAGGAGGCCGAGAGGACCAUGCACUCCAGGUUGAGCUCUAUGCGCCAAACCUCGCAGCGCCUGAAGAAUCAGCUGCAGGCGGAGAAGGAGACGGCGGAGGAGUCCGAGGAGUCAGCCCGGCAUCGUUUGACUUUGGAGCACUCACUAGCUGAGCUCCGCUCUCAGCUUGAAGGCCGCGAGGCGGCCGAGUCGGAGUUCCAAGAAGCCUUGCGCUCGCAGAGCGAUGCGGCACAUGAGGAGCGCGAGGUCUUGCUGAAGGAGUUGUCGGACCUCACGGACGACGCCUCCCAGGUGAGGCGGCAGUGCUUUGAGCUGACAAGAAGAGAUGAGGACCGGGAGGCGGUGCUGCGGCAGCUCCAGGAGCGGCAGCUGCAAAGUGCCAGGCAGGUGGCGCAGGAGGAGCAGGUGGCUGGCCAGCUGCGCCAGGAAGUCUGGGAGGCCCGCGAGAAGACGAGCGAGGCGCUUGGCCGGCACCAGGCGUUGUUGGAAGAGAUUCGACAUGAGCGAGAGGCGGCUGCGGGACAGCUUCAAGAGCUUAGGCAAGAGGCCUGCAUGAAGCAGCGGACACUGCAAGAGCUUUUGGGUGAAGGCGUCCUGGACAUCAAUGAGGUUCAGAAAAUGGCUUCUGGUGAAGGCCUCAAGCUCAAUGGCUCCGGCGUUGGGGCAGCUCAGCGGGUCAGACUUGAGAAAUGGCAAGGCAAGGCGCAUAAAGCUGCGGCCAUGGCCUGGCAUGCUGACGCGGACUGCGAGGGCGUGACGGCGCAGGCGCGCGCGCAAUGGCUUUCGGAGCACCAGGGCCUAUCGCCGGAGCAAGCGCAGCAGCAGGUCAUGCAGCAGUUCCCCCAGGUCUUCGGUUGCGCUUUGCACUGGGACGACCAGAAGGACUGCAAAGGCAUGAAAGCAGCGGAUCGGGCCCAGUGGCUGGUGGCGAAUAUGCAGCUGAGCCUUGAGGCAGCGCAGAAGCGGGUCAUGGAAGAGUUCCCGGUGGUUUUUGCGGCGAGCCCGAGUCCCAGUGGCAAGGACGAGGACUGCUCGGACCCAAUGGGCAAGACAUGCCCAAAGGCUGGCAGCGCUGAGGCCAACCCUCCCACCUGGCCGGAGUCAGUCAAAAUCUUCCGGAAGGGAGAUGACUAUGCGGCCAUAGACCAGAUUUACGAGGAGAUGAAGUCCUUGGACAAAGGCCAGUUCUCGAAGAGUCGGUACGCCAUCUUCUUCGAAGCCGCGCCCGGCAAGAUCCAUGAGGUGGACGUGCGGAUUGGGUACUACACUUCUGUGUAUGGCCUCGGCAGACACCCUGCUGAUACAGAGGUGCGCAGCGUCACCUCCACCAACGAGACCCCACACCCGGAGCUGGGCUCGCUGCAGAACUUCUGGCGUUCCGUGGAGAACCUGCAGACAGGUGGCCACCUCACGUACUGCCUGGAGGGCAAGGGUGGAAUGCUCUGGGCGGUCUCCCAAGCAGCGCCCCUGCGGCGAGUGAUCGUGAACAACAACCUCUUCCUUUGGUACUUCCGCCUGCCGCCGCAGGGGGUGGCUGCCACAGACGGGAGGUACCCCAAUCAAGGCGUCGUCUUGGAUUACGAUGGCUGGGUGAAGCUGGGCUAUGUCAAUCCCAUCGGCGACUUUGCCAGUGGCGGCUACAUGGCGAAUGUGAAAGUGAACGGCGAAGUGAACCUGGGCUCCCAGCAGCAAUUCUUUGCGCGGAACUGCGAGGCCACAAAAUGGGCCCAAGGCGCCUGGAAUUUCGUCUUCGUGGGGUGCCCCGGUGCACCCCACCAACAGGCGCCCAAGGGCCCGGUGUACAACAGCCUCGAGACGUCUCAGGUCAUUGCCGAGAAGCCCUUCAUCAUCAAAGAGUCCGAGCGUUUCAAGCUGGUGGUACCCUCUGUGUAUGACCACCGCAGCGGGGUGGACUUUAACGUGCUCGAGGAGGAGGUCCGAGAUUUCGAGGGCGUCUUCGUGGCGCAGCCGAGGGACAGCGCUGCCACAAUCAACCAGAAGCUGGCGGAGGGCAAGGAUGUGGUCUUUACGCCUGGGAUCUACCAACUCGCCGAGACGCUAGAGAUGAACCGCAGCGGCCAAGUUCUGCUUGGCUUGGGCUUUGCGACGCUGGUGUCCCCGCCCAGUGACACGCCCUGUGUGCAGGUGGGCGACACCGCAGCCGCCGCGCGCAUCUCCGGGCUCAUGUUUGAGGCCUUCUACCGACCUUUGGGCGGGAAGAACCCUCAGAGCCUCGGCGCCGGCCCAGAGGCCCUGCUGCGGCUCGGCAACGGCGCAGCCUCGCGCGACGCCACAAGGGCCAACUGUUGGACCUUCAUCCACGACUGCUUCGCUCGGGUGGGCGGUCAGGAGGCACCCUUCACUGCCAAAGAUGAGCUGGAUGAUUCCAGGCCCUGUGGUGAGGAUGCCCUCACAGAGGCGAGGUGCCGCAACAUGGUGCAAAUCAACCAGCCCUGCGUUGCCGGAGACAACCUCUGGCUAUGGCGGGCGGACCACUGGCUCUCGGACCGCUAUUUGGUCUACAACCACGAGAACUUUUGCAGCACCGGGCUGCAUGUUGCGAAACAAGCUCAUCAUGUGACCAUGUACGGCCUGUUCGUGGAGCACGUUUUGUCCGACAUGACCCUUUGGGAGGGCGAAGAUGGCACAACCUUUUUCUACCAGUCCGAGCUGCCCUAUGACGGCAUGGACGAGGCGACGGCCAGCAGCAAAUCUGUGGCGCCUUUCAAAAGCUGCGGGUACCGGGUGGGCGAAGAUGUGCAGCGGCAUUUAGCGGUGGGCGUCGGCGUCUACGCCUACUUCCGGGACCAUGACGUCACCGUGCCGGCAGGGAUCCAAGCACCUGAUCGAGAUGGGGUGAAGUUUCAGAAUGCUUUGACCAAGUUCCUGAACGGCGGCCCGAAGACCUUCAAGGAAGGGCAGUGCUUGCUGCAGUGCGAGAAGCGGUACGGUCGUAUCCAAUGUGUGAUUCAAAAAGGCUCCCGCAAGAUUGGCAACAACACGGACAGCGACAAGGAUGCGCCCCAUUGGGCCAGCGGAUGA